AUGUCCCUGUUUGGAUCCUUGAUGGGCGACGUGGAAGACGAUCCGUUUUUUGGAUCGCACAUGAGACACAUGCGGCAAAUGAACAACAUGAUGAAUUCUUUAUUUUCGGAUCCCUUUAGCAUGUUUGGGGGUGGAGGUCCUUUGGCUAUCACUGGUCCACGACAUGGUAGCUCUUUGAUGCCAUUCAUGCCUCAGAUGCCAUCCUUGAAUAGACUUUUCUCAGGGGAUCUGGAUGGCCACAUGGGUACUGGUAGCUCAUUCAGCAGCAGCACGGUUGUGAUGUCCAGUGGACCAAAUGGUAAACCGCAGGUUAUAAGCUCAUCGAGCAGUACAAAGAUUGGACCCAACGGCAUCAAAGAGACUCGCAAGACACUACAAGACUCGCGUACCGGUACCAAGAAAAUGUCUAUAGGUCACCACAUCGGCGAGCGAGCACACCUGAUCGAGCGCGAACAGAACUACUACUCAGGCGACGCAGAGGAAAGGCAGGAGUUUAUAAACAUCGAAGAGGAAGAGGCGGAGGACUUCGAUCGAGAGUUCCAAGCCAAAGCGGGAGUGUCGCAAAUGCGAGGGCGCGGCGCGAUUGCGGCGCGACGCUCGCCGCCGCGCCUCGCGCUGCCCGCGCCGCCCGCGCACCCCGCGCACCCCGCACCGCCCGCACACCCCUCCAGCACGGCCGGAGACAGGAGAGGCCCGCGGCCGUCCGCUCGCCGAGCGCUGCGCGCCGCCGCCAGCCCGCUCGCCGCACCAGCAAGCUCGAAUGUCCGCGACGUCUACGGCAGCGCGCAUCCUCAGCGACACAGGCACAAGCACCACAAAUCCUCUCACCGACAUUCGUCUGCCGAUUACUAA